AUGGCCAUCGUGAAUAAUCACCCUGAGGAAACUCGUGAAGCUCUCUUAAAGAACGACCCUAAACUCUCGACAAAGGAAGUGGUUAUCGACGAUAAAUACGCAGCCGUUGCGUCUGAAGCAUCGGUUCAGGCCACCAAAGCAAGUCUAGAAGCCAAAGGUCAUGAAAUUACGAUUCUUAAAACUAAAGAGGAAGCAUAUGAAUUUCUAAAGAAAUUAAUUCCUGAAGGAUCCUCAAUCAAUAAUGGUCAUUCCACUACAUUGGAAGAAAUUGGAUUUAUCGAGUAUUUGAAGACAGCUACAGAAUGGGAAAAUAUUCACGCACAGGUUUUAGCGGAGACAGAUAUGGGAAAACAGAUGGAAAUAAGGCGAACUAAAGGCAGCACAGUCGAUUAUUAUUUGUCUUCCGCUAGUGCUAUUACUGAAGAUGGUGUAAUUGUCGGAUGUGAUUUGUCAGGAACUCGUAUCGGACCUUGGGCUUCAACAGCCGGAAAACUCAUAAUCGUCUCUGGUACAAAUAAAAUUGUUAAAAACGAAGAAGAAGCUAAUGAACGUGUAUAUAAAUAUUCACUUGAAUUAGAAUCAGCACGUGUUAGAUUAGCAUAUAAACUCCCUGCUAGUACUGUUGUAAAUUAUUCCGUUAUCAAAAAUGCUAAUCCUUUUAAUCCUAAGCGUGUUCAUGUUGUAUUGAUUGAGGAGUCCUUGGGAUACUAA